GGAGUAUAGACUAGAGAUGUGCCAACAUCCAAAUGGAAUGUAGUGACGUAGGAGCAUUACGCACUGCAGCCAGACAAAUAGCCAUAACCGUCUCCUGGCGGAAUAGCAUUAACGCUCACAGAUACGGCCUGUACAAGGGGAAGAUGCGGACCAUUUUAAGGGCGUAGACAGAAGACGGGUCCGAUGGACGCAUUAGCGGGCACAAGAGCGUGAACUAGGGAACAUUGCAUGCAUGAUUAAGUAAGGAACCAUGCACCAGUGUGAAGCUGAUUGUCACACAGACCUACAGGCAGACUGCAGUGUUUGUGCCCUCAGCUCCACAGCUGCCAAGUACAGACAUUCCAAGAUGUCCAACAGCAUAGCCCAGGCUCACAAGACAGUGGACCAGCUCCGGUUCGAGGCGCAGAUCGAGCGCAUCCGUGUCUCCAAAGCGGCUGCUGACCUGCAGGCGUACUGCGAACAGCACGCCCGCGACGACCCGCUACUGGUGGGCGUGCCGGCGUCGGAGAACCCCUUCAAGGAGAAGAAGUCGUGCAUAGUGCUCUGAGGGUUGGUGCAGGACUGGCUCUGCAGGUGGCUGAGGGCAUAGUCGUGUCGUAGAAAUGCCAUGCUGGCACCAUCAUGAAGUGAAAUCAUGGAGAAAGACCCUUUGACGAUACAUCUCAGUGAAAUUGCGAGUCAUCCGAGCAGUGCUUUAGAUAAACGGGGAGCUCUUCUCUACUUUUGUCAUUCAAACUGAUAUUUAUUCAUUCAUCCCCCCCAUGUGCAUUGCUAAGAACACAGAUUGGAAGGACAUUUUUGACAUCUUCUGUCAGAAGAAGCAUAUUGAAGCAUGACCUGAGAUGUGUAGUAGACUUUGUGCAAUGUGAUAGUCGGAAGUAACAUCUCUUACUCUACCUUGUUGUGUUUUUAACUAACUUUGUUGUGAAACUGUUGUGGUACAAUGUAGUUCUGUACACCCUUUUGUAUACAUUAGAAAACAUCUACAUUCAAUCUGUCAUGAUAUAUUGUACAAGCUUGAUUACGAUGGAUGGAAAUUCCCAUGGAGGAAAACGGAGAUGAUGCGUGGAAGUAAGCAAGUAGUAAACAUAAUCAAGUAAAGUGCUCUCUACCUAAUGACCUUACUCUACAUUUGAAGUUGCCAGUAGACUUCCUUUUUUAAAUCAACAGUACAUGUAUCUACAAGUCUUCAAAUUUGCAAUAUUUGCACUAUGAAUUAGCUGUUCCAGGAAAAAAGCGUGAUGGCUAGAUGGCAGGGAAGUAGUAGAUAUGGAGGUUUUGACUAAAAUCUCCAAGCAGAUGUUAGGGUGGUAGCUUGCAGUGUUUUCUGACUUACACAACAGAGGCUGUAAAAGAAAGCUAUCAGUUAACAAGCGGAACAGUCUUCCCCAACAUCUGCUUGGAGAUUAUGUGUUUAGCCACAGAGCUAAGAAUAUGGAAAGCCACCCCAAAAUCUAAUCCCUGGUUUUCUUUUCCUGGGACAGCCUUUAAAUAUUUAUAAAUGCUAUAAUUGUUGAAACACUUUGUUUAAAAGAGGGGCCAAGUAAUUUAUUGACUGACAUACAUAAAUAUGUCUUAUAUAUUGUCUCAUCUUAUAUAUAUCUUAAGGUUUGUGUGUUUAAUGAUUUUAUUAACAAGUAUUAUUAUCCAGGAAAACUACAGAUUUAAAAUUCACAACCAGUAUUGACAGUUUUUCUCUACAUGUGAAGAAUCAUUUAAGAAUAGUAAUGAGAUGAAGAAGAAUGCUGUAUGUUAUCUCUACAUGUGUCAUGAUAUUAAAGGAGUUUGAUGUGAAAGUUGA